AUGGAGAUGUGAUAUUAUUAAACUUGUUAACCCGACAAUUGAUACUCCGUAGAGCUCGCGCCCUUCCCUCCCACACGGAGGAGAGGAGAGGAGAAGUGAGGAGGAGGAGAAGCAGCGAGAGGGAGAUCGUCACUCCCAGAGCUGAAAACCCAAUUGAAGCUAAUCUACAAAGUACUUUGGGGAUCAGGCCAUGCAAUAUCGUGAAGUGGUCCAUUGGCAAUUAAGGUCACUCAAUCGACCAGCAUCCUCCCUUGGUCCGUCCCCAGACGCAGCGAAACCCCACGAACGGCCGAAUGAAUAUUCAAGGACAAACCGUGACGCUCAAGCUGGAGCUAGACCUGAAGCUCAAUGGCAAUGCAAUGGCAACGGCAUUGACAAUUCUCCCCCUCUCUCUCCCCUUGUUGCGCACGAGUCCAUGUGCUUGCUUGCUUGCACCGCUACUGUACGGGCAGACAUAACUCCGGCGGGCAUGUGGCCAUCUCACAAACAAGAUUUAUCUCCUGCGCCUGCGGCCGACUGGGGGUGUGUCUCGACAAGCCGUUUGGGCAUGCUCAUGCCUCUUAGACCCACGACGAACGAUGUGCUUCUGUUGUUUUGCGGAGAACCAUCUCCAUCUCCACGGCUCGGCGGCAAAAAGAGACAAUCAACUGUCCCAUUGUCCCCAGGUUUCUCCCUGUCUGUUGCCCCAUGGGCCGUCUUUUUUAGCCUGCUGGAGCCCGUUGCUCCGCUUCUUUUCGCAAGGCAUGGCAAUACUAAUACUAGCUCUGCCUGGGGAACCUCUUUUGGCUUCCUCGACGAAAAGCUCAGCGACUUCGGCCCAUGGCAAUGGCUUCUCAAUUUCCCUCUGGUUUUAUAAGAUAAGCAAGAGGCCCAACGAGCAGCGGUUUUAGCACUGGGCCACCGUUUUUGACUCUGUUUUGCGGUAUGUCAUCUUACAAGCCCUUUUAAUCUCAAUGGCCCCCU